AUGGCUCCUUCUCCUUACGAGCGCCGACCAGCAGUUCACGCUCCAGGCCAACGAUCCAAAGCCUCCAAACGCAUUCGUGGUGAAAUUGCAUGCGCCGAGUGCCGCCGACUGAAGAUUCGUUGCGACAAAAUAGUACCAUGCUCAACAUGCGUCCAGCGGUUUGCUUCGAUCUCUGCCAUUGAACCGCUCUCUUUAACAUAUACAGUGGCUGUGGGGCUCUUUGUCCAAAUGAUUGACACGACAGGCACAAUUCCGCCUGGGGAAGGCAGUCGUUUUGUUCUUGCAGCAACAGACCAUCUUCGUCACAAGCUCUCUAGAAUGCAAGAAAGGAAGACUGCGCUUGAAGAUGCACUUGCAAUAUUACAUAGUUCUAACUCCAACAAGCCACAUCCACUUCUAGCUGCUCUGGACACAGACGAUGAAAGCGCGGAAGAUGAUGAUGUUCCAGAGUCCACAUUGCAUCUUAGGCCUGUACCAGAGGACGAUUCGUCGUUGGUAGAGUCGCUUGGGUCGCUUCAUAUUGACCAAGAUGGUGGCUCACGCUUCUUUGGGCCCGCUGGUGGCGCUGAGAGUCUACUUUUAAAAGCAAAAGGGCUUGAGGCGUCGUUCGUCCCAAAAUCCGCGCCGCUCUCUCUGCGCGAGCUAGACCCGUCCUAUCUCCCACCCGAAAUCAACCAAUUCGUCACAUUCUUUCCUUUCACACCGCCGGGAAUCCCCCACAACCCGGUCAAGGAGAUGAUUGAAGCCUUUCUGCCACCUAUUGACCGCGCUAUAUUCCUUUGCGAGACUUUUCUCGAGCACUUAUCAUGGAUGUUUCAUAUUGUCUCCAGGAGACAACUUAUUGAAGAGCUCAUACCGGCGAUAUAUCAUCAAAAUGGGGUGCUCGUGGAUUACGGACCACACGAGCUUGCUGUCCUGCUUGUCACCCUUGGAAUCGGAGCACUCGUAGACCUCAAUAUGCAGCCCUAUAACUUAGAAGCACAACAUUAUUACCGGCUGGCGCGUGCUGCUCUCGGCCUGCAGAGCAUAUUAACUAAGCCAUCGGUGGUUACGGUCAAGACACUGCACCUGAUGAGCAUCUACAAUGGCAUGAGCGGGAAGGAGGCUAACUUAGAGGCUUCUUACAUCAAUCUGGACCUGGCGACUCAAGUCGCAUUACGAACUGGGUUGCACAUUGAUCCAUCUAUGUGGGGCUUUUCUGGUCGUGAGGCCUAUGAACGACGAGUAUACUUCUGGAAUUUGCUAAUCGCGGUGCUUUGGCAAAGUUUGAUCACGGGACGACCACCAUCGAUUCUGCAGGUUUACGUCGACUGUAAGAUUCCGACCGAGGAGGAAGAAGCCUUAUUCAACGGUGGUGGGCCCCCAAUCGGAUUGGGUAUUUGGGGUCAUCAUAUCUCACAAUCUGUGCUGUUGUUGAUUGUACGCGCAACACUUGGGGUAAAGCCGCCGAAUUAUAACGCCGUUUUGGACCUUGACGCUAAAAUACGGACGCUUGCUCGUCCGGAUCCUACCCUUGGCGAAGACAGGACAGCAGUAGCGAUGAACAACUUUGUGAGAGGGCAUUAUCUUGACUUGGCGUCACUCUUUUUGCAUCGAUCCUACUUUGCGCAGGCCAUGAUGUCGCACACUUCUUCACCAUUAUCUAGCCCAUAUUCUCUGAGCGUGUUUGCCGCAUACAAAUCGGCUUGUAACGUGCUAAUCCACACUUUGAAGCAGUUCACAAAGAACCCGGGAAUCGUUGCCCGCGUAUGGCGGAUAUGGAGCUUUGCCUUUACCGCGGCAGUGGUGGUCGGGACAAUGGCAAUCCGCGGAAGCCGUCUAGAAACCGGCAACGGUGGUCGGAAACUCGAACCAGAGCCUUGGCCCGUUUUCCAAACCGCCUGUGGAAUGUUUCGCGAAGCGGCACAAACAAACAGUCGAGCCGCAAGAGCACUGCCGGUUCUGCAAGGUAUGCUCGUCAAGGCAUAUCAAGCGCGACACACUCAGACUUACGCUGGUGAGCCGCCCACAAUCUUCCCUGAUGAUGAGAUUGCGGUGUUUGGUGGCCGAGCAAAGCCUGUGGUUCGCUCCCGUUCUCCACCGUUGGCAACACCGACUCCAGUCUCGACGCAUCACCAACCUUUGCAACAAGAGACUGGUUCGCGACAAGCGAUACUCCAUACUAGUCCGGUAACAGCCUUUUCAUCAACUUCACAUCAACUUCAAACAUCGUCCCCUCUCCAUCCUUCCCUCGAAACACUUGCAUAUGACUCUGCACCAUUGCGUGCGACGCAACAAUACAGCUGGGAGGGACUUUUUCGCGAAGCGCCAGACCCUGUUCAGCACGGUCUUCAAACACACGGGAUUCAGCCCAGUAUAUAUUACACCAACAAUGGGAUGACGAGUAACGGCGGAUCUAAUCAGACAAUCGACGACAGAUGGUCGUCGCUCAUGCAUAGUUAUGGGCUUCUUGACAUGGAUGUUGAAGAACAAGAAAUAGGACCGCAGGACGGUGCCGUUUAG